GUAGUUUACCUGAAGAUAUGGUUGUAUCACAAUCGAAUGCGUUUGUAUUUGUUUGUACCAAUAACGAUCUUUGUGGUAAAAGACUAUUACGCAUAUGUUUCUUAAUGUGAUGUUAAACAUUCAACAUUAUAAUCCGGAAGGAAAUCAAGAGUAGGAUGUGAAAGUGUUAUUGCGUAUAGCACUUUAAUAAGUAGUGUGCGGCAAUGGGAGACACGUCCGCUGUAUCUGUUGCGACGAAUGUUGCAAAAGGCGAGGCAGACCGAGUUUCAAAACAUUUGUACCGUCAGUAUGAACAACAGUCCGAGUUUUGUGACGUAACAAUACACUACGGUCAAGAUAACGACAGGCGCCAGAUUCGGGCUCACUGGUGUGUCAUUGCCCAAAGCCCGUACUUCAGAAGUCAGUGGUCACUAAACGAAAAAAGACCAGAUAACGUGCAAGUUGACAAAUGCGAAACGGAAGCCGUCCUGACAGCGAUUAAGUUUUUGUACACUGGGAAGAUCGGUCAUCAAGAUCUUGACCGCAUGGUCAGAGGUGUCAUCCAAGUGGCCAGGGUGUGUCAGAUUGAAAAGCUGACCGAACUGUGUGAACGCUACACUGAAGAGAUCGAUGUUUGCGUGCACAAUUGUAUCGACCUACUGGACAUUGAAUUGUCUUGCAAACUUAGCUCAUAUAACCAUAUAGUGACGUUUAUACUAGGAAAUCUCAUGAACGUGAUCGACAUUCCUAACAACUCUAAUAACAUAAACAAUGAAAUGAUGCACUUGAUAGUCACAAAAGCUGUGGAAAAUGGCAUUCGACGAAAUGUCAUCAUAAAAUUCUGCAAAACAUGGGCAAGUACAGAUGUCAACCGUCAAGACUAUAUCGCAAACGUCAUUUGGCCAAUUCGUGGUUACCAGGUCGACGGUAUAUGUUCUGUCUCUUCAGAGCAACCUAUGCUCUCGGACGAUUCUUUAGUCCGGGAUGAUAUACAAUUCUCAAGCGAUGGCCUCAUAGAUAUAGUUAUUGUAGUAGCGAACACGAAGAAAGACUUUGGGCGAUUUUACUUUACACGGAAGCUGUACGCAUUUGUGGUCCAGGACGACCGCUGGGCCAUGGUAGCCACGCUGCCUGAGGAUCUAAUCUUCUAUGAAACAUCGCUUUUUUGUUUGGAUACAAAUGGGCACACUUUAUUCACAAUUUGUGAAACACUUUUUGCAAUACGCUACUUCGGAGAUAAGAUCAGAUUGACUGUAAACAUAUUAGAUAUAGCAAGUGAGUCCUGGUCAGAACUGGAGGUACAGCUUAGAACUCCCGACUGUAGAACUGUACGUAUUAUAAACAUUGUGGUCAUUAACAGACAGUUGUUUUUCAUAGCCACUGAAAAGUCCUCUGACAAUCCCAAAGGUGUCCUUUUGUUCACAGGUUCUGAGUAUGAUGAUUAUGACUAUUCAACGUUGUUUAAGAUUAAACCAAGAUUGCACAAACUUAAUGACAUCAACACAGUUAUGGUAGAUGAACGUUAUUUAGUGGUUAUGUGCGUGAUUCUGCACGUGAAGGAUAAUAUGAAGGAGAUAAAAAUUGCUGUCCGAGAUAUAACUACAUGUGAUACCAAGUUUAUUAAAGACAAUCAUACUCAACGGGUUAACGAUCCAAAUAGUGUCGAAGAAAUGAUGGAGUUUAUGUUUGUUACCGCAAAAGGUGUGAUAAUUGCUCACCCGAAUCGUCCUUCUUACAGACUUAUAGACGUUGGGAACGCUACAGUGAGCAUAAUUGAAGGAGACAUUAUGUCGAACGGCUGGAUUAAUGAUCAUAUCAAAAGGGUCACUGAAUCUCCAGGGACAAGUAAAACUAUUAAUUGUGGAAGUGGUACUAAUGUUGUACCGGUUUUACAAACAAAGACGUCUGACUCGACCCAGACAUUACACGUUGUUGACUUCGAAAAUCGGGAGUGGUGCAGAGCACCAUCUUUACCAUACAAGAUUGUCUACCACAAACCCAUUCAUGCCAGGCUGGUGGCGUCAUUGUUUCGGCUAAAAUUUCCCGUUAUUAAUUGUAAACAUGAUUAAAUGAACUUUCAAUAUUCAUUAGAUUUCUUUGACUGUCCACAAGGCACGUAUAUUAUUGAAUUAUAUUGACUUGUACACAUUGGUACGUGUGGUUAUCAUGAAAAUAAUCGACCGUGUUUGACUGUCAUGCGAUGUUAACGAAAACUAUGAUCGAUCGUUUGCUUCCAUGCAUGCAAACGACGUAUUAUAUGAAAAAGUGUUUACAUCAAUCAUAAAGAAUGUGUACCAUUGAUUUAUCUUCUUUAAAUAUUUUCACUUUCACGCAACGUCUUUGAAUAAUUAAGUCAGGCCAGUGUAAUACUUUCUGACAAUAAUAGUGCAUGGAUUAUCAGUUGAUAUGAGGACAUAUUAUUGGUCAGUAACUUAUAAAAUAGAAUAGCUUUCUAUUUUAAGAUUUGAUAUCAUAUUUUCAAAUCCCAUUUUUAAAGCAAAAGUCAUAAUAUAUCGUUUGAAGUUUUUUUCUUCUAUUAAACGCGUUGAAUUUUUCUUGAAUAGUUAUAUGUUGAAGACGCCACAUUCUACAAUGGGUAUUUGAAAUCAAGAGCCUUUCAUACACAAAGAAACAAAUAUGUAUUAAUCAAAUGGGAAUGAUGAUAACCUUUCCGAUCAUUUAUUAAGUAUAUGCCUAUUAAGUCAUUAACAUGCAAAUACGCUAUAGCAACAGUUUAUAUUCCAUAGAAAAGUUCCGAAGUUUAUUACUAUUAUUUUACUUUAGAACAUAGUUUAGUAUAAUAUCCAAGGGUUUUUAAGAGAAAUAGGGUUUCAAACGUCUAUGAGCGCUCUUAAGCUUAUUCUGAGCGGACUUGAAUAUCCAUCGUUAGUAAAAGAAGUUACUAUAUUACAGUCCAUUGACGCUGAAUUAAUUUAAUUGGUAUACUAUUUAACAGUUCUAUAAUCCUGAACUCAUUUGUGAGUUUAUGAGAUAUGUCGUGUUGCGUUUGUAUUGAGGUUUACUUUAAUUAACAUGAGUAAAUGAAAUCAUCUAUUUAUAAGUAAAUGUGAAUAUAUCCCAUAUGUGUAAACAUAAAUACGAAUACUAUUAUGAGAAUCUUAAUUCUUAUUAUGCCCCCUUGCCCCUAUGCUCAUGUCGGUCUGUCUGUCUGUCGGUCGGUCGGUCGGUCCGUCCACCAGGUGGUUGUCAGACAAUAACUCAAGAACGCUUGGUCCUAGGAUCAUGAAACUUCAUAUGUACAUUGAUCAUAACUUGCAGAUGACCCCUAUUGAUUUUGAGGUCACUAGGUCAAAGGUCAAGGUCACGGUGACCCGAAAUAGUAAAAUGGUUUCCGGAUGAUAACUCAAGAACGCAUACGCCUAGGAUCAUGAAACUGUAUGGGUAGAUUGAUCAUGACUCGCAAAUAACCCCUAUAGAUUUUGAGGUCACUAGGUCAAAGGUCAAGGUCACGGUGACCCGAAAUAGUAAAAUGGUUUCUGGAUGAUAACUCAAGAACGCAUACGCGUAGGAUCAUGAAAAUUCAUGGGUAGAUUGAUCAUGACUCGCAGAUGACAUUUAUUGAUUUUGAGGUCACUGGGUCAUAGGUCAAGGUCACGGUGACCCGAAAUACUAAAAUGAUUUUCGGAUGAUAAUUAAAGAACGCAUAUGCCUAGGAUCAUGAAACUUUACAGGUAGAUUGAUCAUGACUCGCAGAUGACCCCUAUUGAUUUUCAGGUCACUAGGUCAAAGGUCAAGGUCACGGUGACCCGAAAUAGUAAAAUGAUUUUCGGAUGAUAACUCAAGAACGCAUAUGCCUAGGAUCAUGAAACUUCAUAGGUAGAUUAAUCAUGACUCGCAGAUGACCCCUAUUGAUUUUGAGGUCACAAGGUCAAAGGUCAAGGUCACGGUGACCCGAAAUAGUAAAAUGAUUUUCGGAUGAUAACUCAAGAACGCUUUUGCCUACGAUCAUGACACUUCAUAGGUACAUUGAUCUUGACUUGCAGAUGACCCCUAUUGAUUUUCAGGUCACUAGGGCAAAGGUCAAGGUCACAGUGACAAAAGUCGUAUUCACACAAUGGCUGCCAGUACAACGGAAAGCAAAUAUGGGGGGCAUGCAUGUUUUACAAACAGCCCCUGUUUGUUUAUCUUUGCAUUCAUGUUUAAGAACCUUACACUUCAUUCACGUUGUCUCAUUUUACUAUAUGUAAAUUCCAUACUGCUUGUUAUUGUUAUUUUCCUUAAUUUCUAAAGACAAGUGAAUUCAUAUAUUAUACCAGUUAGGGUAUUAUAAGUAGGUCUCAACAGUCAGAAGUAUUUAAGUGAAAUUGACUACGAUUUAUUAUAUCUGUUUAUGUUUAGACGGGCAAGUACUUUUUAGGAAAACAUUAAAGUACCUACACAA